CGGCGCCACUGAACGGGUUUGCGCAGCCGUCUCUCGCCGCGUGUGCUUCGUCGUUUCUGGCCCUCUGAGCCCGGACCGGCGCGUGUGCCCCGCGAGUCAUGACGUUGAAGGCUGUGUGCGUGUUGAAGGGCGACGGCCCGGUGAAGGGCAUCAUCAACUUCGAGCAGAAGGAAGGUGGACCAGUGAUGGUAACGGGAGACAUUACAGGAUUGACCGAAGGCCAGCACGGAUUCCACGUCCAUCAGUUUGGAGAUAAUACACAAGGCUGUACCAGUGCAGGUCCUCACUUUAAUCCUCAUUCCAAAAAACAUGGUGGGCCAAAGGAUCAAGAGAGGCAUGUUGGAGACUUGGGCAAUGUGACUGCUGGCAAAGAUGGUAAGGCCACUGUGUCUAUUGAAGAUUCUAUGAUCUCACUCUCAGGGGAACAUUCCAUCAUUGGCCGCACAAUGGUGGUCCAUGAAAAACCAGAUGACUUGGGCAAAGGUGGAAAUGAAGAAAGUACAAAGACGGGAAAUGCUGGAAGUCGGUUGGCUUGUGGUGUGAUUGGGAUCGCCCAAUAAACAUUCCCCAGGAUGUGGUCUGAGUCCUAGCAACUCAUCUGUUAUCUUAGUUGUAGAAUGUAACUUGAUAAACAUUAAACACUGUAAUCUUAAAAGUGUAA